CGUGUCUCAUGGUUGUUUUCGAGAACAAACAACUGACAAACAUUUUAUGUGAAUACAUAAAUCGAAGGCAUUAAUACAGUCUGGAAAUAAUGAAAAAAUCUGAUUAGUUUUCACGUAACAAAACUAUGCAACUUGGUGUCGGCUACUCCCACACAACGUGGUUGAAUGACGUAAAUGAAAUCGGCCCACGCGAGCUUCUAUUCAACGUCCAAGGGCGUAAAAGGGAAAUCAAUAGGACAACGCUUCCACGAAAGUCGGUACGUUACGUAUAGAUCGCU